CAGACACGUGUAAGGAUGACGCUUGCCAGUUUCAUUAUCGUGGAAUAUGGGACAUUUCAACUAGGUCGAAAAAAGGCAAAUUUCUUGAAAUUAAAUCAAAAAAGAUUCUAUAGUAUGGGACGUUUGGAUGACAGAGUUAAAACAGUAUGGAGAACAGCUGAUGCAGUAUGCUUUGAUGUAGAUUCUACGGUUUGUACAGAUGAAGCUAUUGAUGAGCUAGCAAAGUUUGCAGGGAGAGAAAAAGAGGUUGCUGACUUAACACAAAAGGCUAUGAAAGGAGGAAUGUCUUUUAGAGAAGCAUUAUCAAGGCGCCUAGAUAUCAUACAACCAUCUGUAUAUAUUGUCAGAAGGUAUCUCGAAACUCAUCCUCCAUCUUUAACGCCUGGCAUAAGGGAGUUGAUGUCCAUACUUCAUGAUCAUGAAGUCCCUGUAUAUCUUGUUUCUGGAGGAUUUGAUACCAUCAUUCAGCCUGUGGCAGAGGAGUUGGACAUUCCAUUUAACCAUAUAUUUGCAAAUAGAAUAAAAUAUUAUUUUAAUGGUGAUUAUGCUGGGUUUGAUGAAGAUCAGCCCACUUGUGAUCAAGAUGGGAAAGCACAAGUUGCUGCUUACCUGAAACACCGUUAUGGUUACCAAAGAUUGGUAAUGAUUGGAGAUGGUGUUACUGAUCUUGUAGCUUCACCUCCAGCUUUAAUGUUGCAGAUUGCGUUGUUCCUUAAUCUUCGAACUGGAUCCGGCUUAUCAUUUUUUAACAGGAUCAGAAAGAUAUUGCAGAACAUCAGAAUAAAUAUCUGGUGCAUCAGGCUCAUUUUCUGCUACCCAGCAUGCCUUAUAACUAUGGGAAUGGCAGCUGCAGGGGUUGUUAUUUGA